CAUUAAGUUUCUGGCUUAACUAAACGCUCGUAAAUGGCCAAGUCGUUUCAAUAAUCAGAGCAAAGCUUCUUCAACCGAACGUUCGCAAGGAAGCAGUGAUCGGAGAGCAAUGCGGUUUCAGUACCGAAUUCUCGCAAAAGCGACCGCGAGCAGUAUUUCACCCCCGCCACAGCCACCGCUCGUCCUCUCGCGAUCCUUCGCGCAUUUGUCGUCCCAGUCCGCGGAAAAGCGCAGGUCUCCUCCUCGUCGUAAUUUUGGCAUUGCGUUCGAUAUCAACGGCGUCAUUUUUCGCAGCGAAUCGCCAAUCGGCGGCUCCCCACAAGCUCUCAAACGCCUCUACGACGAAGACUCCCAGACGGCGACGGGGGUGGUGACGGCGACGGGGGUGGUGACGGCGACAGCGGCGGGUAUUGUGGACACGAGCGCCGCGGUUAAUUAUGAGGAUCUGAAUAACCAGCAGAAGAAUCAUGUGCUGUCGCUGGAUCUUAAUUUGCCGGCGCCGGAAGAUCUCGACGCCCACCAGCAUCACCGUGCGGAGCAGUCUGCGUCUCUGUCCAAGUUCCAGUUCGCGUCGAAAAAAUCGAUGAAGGCGAUGAUGUUCUCGGCUCCGGCGUUGGUCGGGUGCCACUACUGAUCGGAAACAGAAGAGAGAAGGAAGAUGAGGUCUGAUGUGGGAUU